AUGGCGCAUGUAGUUAGACCGCUAGUUGUUGCAUCUCCAAAUAAUAGGAACGGAAAGCCUGCUGGUGUUGUUAUUGGUCAGAAGUCAUCUCAUGUUCCUGUGGGACGUGCAACUGCACAACCGCGUGUUAACGUCAAUAAUAUUUACUCACCAUAUGCAUCUUGUGUGAUGCCGGAGAAAGCUGCAUUGCAACGUGAAAAUGUUAUUGAAGCGCAACCAUUACAGGCUUCGGCUUCCACAGAGGAACUGAAUGCGCAAAUGGAAAAUCUGGACACAAUGAUUGAUGAUUUGCAAGCGCUUCAACAUGAAUUCAGUGCAACUACAUGA